CAUAUUAUCAUUCAAAUUUUCAAAUAACUCGAGUUUUUAGUUGUUCGAAAUUUUACUCAUUCUAACAUUUUAUCCCCAUCCCUCGUGGCGUAGAAAUAGUAACUACCUUAAUUAAGGAGUUUGAAUUUCAGUCUCGUCUCGGUUUUCAUCGAAUUAUUAAGUAACAGUAAAAAGUGGUGUACAGAAGAGAGGUUAUGGUUGCUUGAGCUGCUUGUAUAAUUAAUUAUGACCCUCUGGUACUUCGUCAACAUCAUCCUUACUCUUAUAUUGAUCAUUCUGUCCGUAGUAUUUAUAAUUAUACCUGCACCGAUGAAAACCUCGCUGAAAGACUUUACUCUAGUUGCUAGCGAGAGUGAUCCGGCAACAAACGCUGAAGUGAAGGACUUGUACACGUUGUAUUCGAGACCAAAUAAUAAGAAACUCUUAGUUUGGUUUCAAGGUGGCGCAUUUCUCUUGAACAACCGUAAGACAUCAUACGGCAUACUCAAUGCUCUCAAUGAUGCGCUCAUCGAGUUUGACGUUCUCGUAUUUGACUACCCGCUUCGUUUUUCACACAGUGUGCACGAUGCAAUGCUUGCAACGAACAAGAUACUCGAGCAAUUUUACGCGUACGAUGAGUAUUAUGCGGCAGGUUUUUCGGUCGGGGCGUUGCUGAUGGGUGCGUUUAUGCAGAAGGAGCUUAACAAGGAGAUCGCUCGAAAAGUGGACGUACCCGUCAUCGGCAUACAGUUCAAAGCGAUCAUUAGUUUAUGCGGUGUGUACAGUAUGAAAUUCGACUGUUUACUUCUCAAUUUAAUAUCCCGGUUGUAUAUCAUGCGCGGCACACCGAAUCCUCAUCUGUACUCGUACCACGGAUUAUUGAGUGUACCUCUAUUGGUAAUCAGUGCGACCUCAGAAUUUCUAUACACGGAAACUUAUAAAUUUACCAAGUCGACAGCGUGCGAGUUGAAAGUUUUUCGAGGGGCUUUAUUGCCUCACGAGUUUCCGCUGAUGCUGGAAUUUCCCGAGACUAAAGAGUCCAUAGAAUCUGUGAUCGAAUUUCUUCGAGCUAAUUAGGUGAAAUAACCGCGCAUGUCAGCGUCAAUCUUCACUUUUCGAUGUCAGGUGAAAGGAACAUUUUUU